AUGGCACCAACUUUAAUCAAAAGCUUUGUGGUCUUCGCGUUUAUUGCGCUUGUAAGUGCACAAGAUGACAAAUGUACCACUGUCACUAAAGGUGCCUUGACCGGAACACCGGUCAUGUUUCCCCGUUACAGCCUUCCAAAACUACAGCCAUCAUGGUUUAUACCAAUUACACAACCAUGCAAAGUUGCUGGUGUCAUGAUGAACGUGUGCGACCCUGACGGCCCCCCAGCACCCAGCGUGGAGAUAUUGAACCUUUCAAAAGCCUGGAUCACGCGCAAUGCUGAUUCGAUGUUACAUGACAUCUCGGUAGACGUCAUCGUUUUCUGCAAAGCCACCAGCCCAAAUAACCCAUAUGGUGAGAGGGUGUAGACCGAUGUGAUCUUUCCUCACCAGCGCUUUUAUUAAAUCUGGAUGUUAAACAAUUACUCUGUGUUUUGUCUGUGAACCCCUUUAAUCAAGUUUUUUUUAGUUAGGUAGGAUUAUCAACAAUAGCACGUUUUUACUUAAAAUAUAAGGAGUUUUCAGGAAUUUAACUGCUAGAUGUUUAA